GUUUUUGAAACAUUCAAAAAAAAUUUUGAACAAUUUUGAAAGAACUGCAAAAUCACAAAAUUAAUCAAGACAGUGAUAGUUUUUUUUAAUUUUUAAAGAAUAAUACGCUUUUUUGAGGAAUAAAAUCAUGUUUCGCAAUCAAUACGAUAGUGAUGUGACUGUUUGGAGUCCACAAGGAAGAAUACAUCAAGUCGAGUAUGCUAUGGAAGCUGUGAAGCUUGGAUCAGCAACUGUUGGAUUAAAAUCUAAAGAUUAUGCCGUCUUAAUUGCUUUAAAAAGAGCAACUUCCGAAUUGUCUGCUCAUCAGCAAAAGAUCUUACGAAUUGAUGAUCAUAUUGGUAUUUCUAUGGCUGGAAUCACUGCUGAUGCUCGUGUUUUAUGUCGUUACUUGCGUCAGGAAUGCAUCAAUCACAAGUAUUCUUAUGGACGAAAUCACCCAGUGUCAAGAUUAAUCAAUACUUUAGGCUUGAAAAUGCAAGUUUGUACUCAACGAUAUGAUCGUCGUCCUUAUGGUGUUGGAUUAUUAGUUGCUGGAUAUGAUGAUCAAGGUCCACAUAUUUAUCAAACAUGCCCAAGUGCUAAUUUCUAUGAUUGUAGAGCAAUGGCUAUAGGAGCUCGUUCACAAAGUGCUAGAACUUAUUUAGAAAAGCACUUGAAUUUAUUCAAGGAUUGCGAUUUGCAGGAACUUAUUAAUCAUGGUGUUCGUGCUUUAGCAGGAACUUUACCAAAUGAAACAAAGUUGAAUAAUCAGAACUUGUCAAUUUGCGUUGUUGGAAAGGAUAUGAAAUUUAAGAAUUUCCAAGAAUCUGAAUUGGAGAAAUAUAUUAAUGCUGAAAUUGCUGGCACUCAACCAGCAACAGCUGAAAGCGAUCCAAGCGAGGUAGGCGUAGGUGGAACUGAGAGACAACCUUAUGUUGAUCCUCCAGCGCCUUUAAACCAGCCAGAACCAAGGCUAGAAGAUCCAGCAGUCGAAGAACGCAGAAUGGAAUAAAAAGCAUUUUGUAUCUUCGAUUUCUAACUUCCGGCUUUGGGUUAUCUGCUAUUAUUAAAAUGUCUUUGGGGUGGAAGGUUUAUUGCAAGUUCUAUAGAACUUUUUAAUCUACUUUCCACCCCAAAAGUAACUCAUUAAUAUUUAAUCUUUUAUAUGUAAAAUUUAAAGAAUAUUGAACAAUGUCAAGAAGGAGAAAUAAGUCAAGAAAAGUCUGAAAGUGAUGAAGAUGUUGAAAUGAAGUCUCAAGAUUAAAACAUGAAUAAAUUAAAAAGGCAUUUUUGAUUUCCUUGAUUCAAA